ACUACUAUCAGUCAAAGAUGAGCAACCAGGAAACCAUCAACGGACGUCCUCGUCGGUACCGUUUUGAGACUGAAGAAGAGCUGUCGGAGGAAUUGAACGCCAUGAUCACGCAAGUUUUCGCUGAGAAAAGCAAGCUUCCCGCCUACAAACGCAUGCCGAAAGCGGCGCAAGAUAGCCUCGCGGAAGCCUUGUUUGCGUACAAGGAAGAUGUGUUGGAUUACUUGAUGGGACUGUCGGAUUUUGGCACCAUUCGCCCGGAAGAUGUCCAGCGAAUGUUUCAGGUGCUCGGGAACAAGUGGCGGAACAAGAGGGUCUACAAGAGGAAGAGCAAGAGGAACUAAGAAGCACAAUGCUAUGGUAUGGUAUUCACUGUUUGUUUGUGGAUUUGGAAAACAAGUCACUGUUGAAGGGAGCAUCUUACAUGUAGCUAGCUAGUAACAAACCUACUACUAGUACUAGUUUAUGG